AUGGAUACUCAUAAAACACGAACAACUUCUUACCACCCACAAUCUGAUGGAAUGGUAGAACGAUUUAAUCAGACAUUGGAAAGGUACCUGGCAAAAGUUGUGGAAAAACGGCAACGAGACUGGGACAGGCACAUACAACCGUUUUUGUUGUCAUAUCGAAGCGAUGUUCACGAAAGUACGUCAGUGACACCAGCUUUCGCAAACUUUGGGGGAGAAUUGCGGCUGCCUGCAGACCUGAUCACCGGAAUACCACCUGAUGCCCCACGCAGUAUAACCGAUUAUGCAAAUGACUUGCGGAACAAAAUGAAUGACAUUUAUGAGCACGUCAGACAGACGGGCCAGCAAAGGUCUGAGAAGAUGAAAACACGGUAUGACCGCAAAAUGAACAACAAGGGGUUUGAUGAAGGUUCACUAGUGUGGUUACACAAUCCAGUUCGCAGCAAAGGGAAAUCUCCUAAAUUCAAGCUAAAUGGGACGGACCGUACCGGAUUGUGA